GAAGUUCGAGAGUGUCAAAGCGCAAUUCGAGCACGCAUCCUAUUUCGAUCAAGACCCCACCCAAAAAUGGGGAGGCCGAAAAUGGGAUGUGUGGGCCCCGCUGGGAUCAAGUUCGUUUCUCAAUUUCCUGAGGAAAAAGCGUAGCCGCGAAUCGAGAGGAGAGAGAGCGUUCGACGAAACGGAGAGCCAAUGUCGAGAACGUCCGACCUGACAUCCUAGAGCUCAUGGAGAGCAAGAAGAAACAGCUCGAGAUUGAAUUCAGUCUUCUUGCGACGACUCGCUGAUGUUCCAGAACUGGUCUUGUGGUGGCUAGUGCAUUGGAAUACUCAAUCAUUUUUGCGAGAACUAGAAGAAUCCUGAGACAAAGUGAUUGUGGGUUCAACUUCUUCAAGACCUGACUAACUUGGGAGUGCAUAAUGCAUAAUCCUGAGAACAGAAAGCUCUAGUACGUUUUCAUGGACAAUAAAAAGCUCACUUACCAAUUGAAAGAGUACCUGUCAUCGCCAAAAUAUAUCGAGGUCUUUAAUAAACUCGUAUACGGACCUUCAAAGUAUCAUGUAAGCUCCAUAAGUCAGAUCGCUUAAUAGAUCAAAACAACAUCAACUUCAAAAACGCCAUGACGUUCAACACGUCCGAAUCUUCAGACGAGUUUGAGGAGCCCAGCAUUUGGCUCUCAGUGGACUUUCCCUUCUAUAUCGAAGGUUUAUCCAUUGCCAUUGUGGGCACUUUUGGACUAGUAAUCAAUGGGGUGGCCAUCUUUUUACUCACCCGUCAGAAGACACUCCGUACCUUCCAUGUACUAUUGGUCACCCUGACCAUGUUCGACUUCUUGCACAUCAUUCUAAGCAUCGCGUGCUUCUCUCUCCCCAAACUGAGCCCUUGGUACCGGAACCACGUCCUCAUCUUCAUCAUCCCGUAUCUGAUUCCAUGUGCUCAAAUCACGUUGGCAAGCUCGAGUUUCUCCACUGUUGGAUUGACCAUUGAAAGAUACAUCUCCGUGUGUUGGCCAUAUUUCUGCUACAGGUUUCGUAUUCGGGCCUCUUACUUCAUUGUACCUGUGAUUACGUUCUCGAUUUUGUACAAUGUCCCGAGAUUUUUCGAAUGGCGAACAGUUUCGGAAGUCGUCGAAAUUCCUUGUCAGCAAAGGAUCUUUGUGACCAAUGACACCAAUUUGGUUCCAGGAGAAGUGUUUCUCGCCACGGAUGAAAAUAUCUUGGAUUCAAACUGUACGGAUUUUGUGACAAACAUCUCGUUGCAAGCCAGAUCAUUGCGCAAGCAUCCACUCUACAUAGCAGUUUAUAUCAACUGGAUGAACUUCAUCAUCAAUCUUCUGAUCCCCAUCGUGGGUUUAAUCUACUUAAAUUGUGCCAUCUACCGCAACAUGCCCCGGAUCCGUCAAUUCCAGGCUCCUUCAGCUCCUAGUGGAUCUUGCAAACGGCGAACCAGUUAUGUGGUUGAAAGUGAGGCUGCUCGACAACAACGCGAACAAGAACAAGAGAGGGACACGCGAUACACACGAGCUUCAAUCCUUAUGGUAAUCGUGUUCCUGUUGUGUCAUGGUCCAAGGUUUGCCACCAAUGUCAUGGAACUCAUGUUUUAUGACGAGAGUAGGACACAACCGGAGUGGUUCCAUGUCUUGGUGUCAGUCACUCAUUUCUUGGUCACGGUCAAUUCAUCGUUCAAUUUCCUCAUCUAUUUUGGAGCUUGCCAACGGAAAUGCCCUUGCACACGCACUGGCCGACAACAGGGAACAGAUUAUGACCAUUCUCCCUUGGGACACACUGCCGUGACCACGACGGUGCCUCCUGGAGGUCUGCUUCAUCCCAAUGGGUCCUCACCCUUGAAUGGAAGUUUCCGCUUCAACACCAGACAACAGCAGACACGCCCCUUAUCCCAAGAGAGUACCAAUGAUUGUUGUGGAAUCAUGUCGAGCAGGGCUCAAAGGUAUGGAGUGCAAGGAUCUGGCAGCACCUUCGAGGUCCGACAUCUCACUGCCAAUCCAGCCUCAGCCAUGGAUUGCAAUGGGAUUGAAUCAGAGGAACAUUCUUUCUAAAAACCCUCUACCACCACUCUUUGUUCCUUAUUAUUAAAUAUACCCAAUAAACCCACAGAGCCCUCGUAAAAAACCCAAAAUCAAACAUGCAUUAUGUGUCUACCACAAUUGUCUUGAUAAUGGCUGUUCGAGUAAACAUAAGUACUACUUCUCAUCAUUUUAAUAUGGUUGAUUUGAGGAGGAGGAAAGAUGUCAGGAAGACGCAAAACUUUGAUUGAGCCACUUGGACGCCUGCCAAAUCAUGCCAAUUAAGCAUGCUUGAAUUGAAAAGAGCAGCAACGUCGUCGCCAUCGUCAUGGUACUCCUCCCCAGCAUCAGGAUCUGUUUAACACGUCCAAAUCUGGUACUAUAGGUUCAUUGUUCAGGCACAAUGACGAUUUGCUGAUGGCAAAUCGAAGCUGAACAGAGAAAAACCCUAGAUUCACCGACAAUCUACUCAACUGCUUGUGUGAAUCUUCUUAAUAUAAUCAAGUACGAAUGAUUAGAAUUUGACUUGUAACCCCUUGUGCUCAACCAUUCAGUACCAUCGUGGUAUUCUCUAGUCAUUCAUAAACCGACCCUCUUGUCCGACUUGUCUAUCAAAAGUUGAGCCUCAUUGUGAGGAAGGAAUCCUAAUACUAGAGGGCUCUACCUAAAACCAAUGUUCGUAGUAUCUUUCAUUAACUGCAAACAACAUGUAAGUGUUUGUAAAUAUGUAUGUAGUUGUCCGCUCAUAAAUUGUCAUACACUAACCCUUCAUCAGAGAAAAAAUAUCGAUAUGUAUUUCAUCGACUUUGGAUUUGAUCACACCAACACUCAUAUCAAACCAAAACUGAAAUAAAGCU